AUGCCCAGCGCACCCCUCUUCGAGCCGGGCGACCUCUUUGCCUUUUCCCAAGAUCCUCGAGAUGAGCCUGAUGAGGACGAGCUCGAAGCCAUGCUGGCGGACGACGAGGCGGAACGCGCGGCCGCCAAAGACCUUGAACGACUAUUGGAUGACGACUCACACAGCAAGGCCGAGGAAGAGAAGAAACAUGCGGCUGCACGACGGCGUGCGGCCAUGCUCGCGGCGUUUACGGAUGAUGGCCAGAUGGGCUCUCAGUCACAACCUGAGAGCCAGCCUCAACCCUCAUCGACAGCCCCGCCCAAGAGCCAGCGUGAAUUCGAGCCCGUCUUCACUUUCGACCUCGACGAACCUCCCCGAUCCCCUUCCCCGCCACGAGUGAUUUUCGACGCCGCGGGCCGACCAAUGCGUUCCGUUCGAGCCGCCACGGCCUCGGGUUCCACCGUACAGUUCAAGCGGCGAAUCAAGCCGCACGCACCCGUUGACAUGGCACAUGCUGGGCAGAAACAGGCCGUCGACCUCCUCACUACGCCCCUGCAUGUGUUAAAGGCGCAGGCGGACGAGAUUCGGAGUGCCGAAAAGGCACGCGAGGGGAGGACGGAGACGGUGACACAGGGCAUCAAGAAGGGGUUGUGGGUUGAUAAAUAUCGGCCAACCAAGUUUUCCGAUCUGCUCGGCGAGGACCGCGUCCACCGUGACGUCAUGACAUGGCUCAAAGAGUGGGACCAGUGCGUGUUCAAGCGAGCAGCACCGAAGAAGCGCAAGAUCGACGAGAACACCAACACGUUCUAUCACGAUCCCCUCGGGCGACCACGGGAACGAAUCCUCCUCCUCUCCGGCCCACCGGGAUACGGCAAGACGACGCUUGCGCACGUCGUCGCCAAGCAUGCCGGCUACCGCACUCUCGAGAUCAACGCAAGCGACGACCGCAACGCUGCGACGGUCACCACGCGUAUCCAGAAUGCCAUCGACGCCGGCUCGGGCAUUAACUCUGACCGUCCAACAUGUGUGAUCAUCGACGAGAUUGACGGCGCGACCGGCGGCGGUGACCAUGGCUUUGUGCGCUCCCUCAUCAAGCUUAUCCAGGACGUACCAGCGAAGAAGAAGACCAGAACCCCCGCACGGCCACUGCGCCGACCCAUCAUCUGUAUCUGCAACGACCUGUACGCGGUCGCCCUCCGUCCCUUGCGCCAGCACGCACGCAUCGUACGCUUCCACAAGAGCCCGAGCCAGUUCUUGGUCGAGCGCUUGCGGUUCAUCUGCGACCGCGAACGACUCAAGGCCGACCUGCGCGUGUUGACCCUCCUCGUUGACCUCGCGGGAGCCGACGUCCGCAGUUGCUUGAAUACAUUGCAGUUCAUCAAGUCACGCUCACCUGUGCUAACCGCCGACGCCAUCAAGUCGUCAUCGGUCGGUGCCAAGGAUGCUGGGACAACACUCAACACUGUGUGGAAUGCCCUCUUUGUGCCCAUGGCGGCCAAGCAGCGCCGCAAGGAGAUGGACGCGGCUGACGACGGACGAUACGUCGACCGUCUCGCGUUCAUGCUCCAGGCGUGCGGAGAUUACGACCGCGUCGUCCAGGGCUGCUUUGAAAACUACACCCACCUGAAACCGCUCGACACGAGCUUGGGCAACAUCUGCCGCUUGCACGACUGGGUGGGAUAUUUCGACCACUUGUCGAGCCACAUUGGCGAGAACAUGGAGUUUGAGCUCAUGGCAUACCUUCCGUACGCCAUUGUCCCCUGGUAUUCGCAUUUCGCGGCACCAUCAAACGCCAAGCGACCUAUCGAAUGGCCCAAGGUCGAUUAUGAGGCAAGUAUUGGGCGUGACUGGUCUGACGUUGCAGGCGUACCUCAGCUCAUUCCGCUGCUCAUGCGCAUCAUUUCACCGCCUCUGAAACCAGUGAAUGCCAACAUUGUGAAAGCUUCCGAACGUGCGGUUCUUGUGCGCCUUGUCCAACUCCUGAUUCCCCUGGGCUUCCGCUUCUGGCAGGACAAGACGGAAGACGGGCAGCCGCAAAUGAGGCUUGAACCUGCCAUUGACGUGUUUGUGACCUAUGAUGGAAAGCGAGCUGGGGACAUUCUGGCGUCGCGGUUUGCUGUGCGGCAGCUCGUUGCCCAAGCGAUGGACACGGAGGUUGCGCGCCGCCGCGGCCAAGCCGGUGACAGCACGGCCACGUCUACGGCUGAGGCGUUGGCUGAGCAGUAUGGCGCGGCCAAGACGGGUUCCAAGGCCAGAGAGGACGCGCCAGCUGCUGCCUCGACGGACUUCUUUGGCCGUGUCCGUGUGCCAACAAGUGUUGGAAAAUCGGGGGCCCUUGUGGAUGACGCUGAGCAUGACGCGGGUAAAGCAUCUUUGAAAUUCCGCGCCGUGUACAGGUUCAACGAGGGGUCUAGUAGUGCAGCUACUCGCCAUCCCGACCUCCUAGCUGGAUACCGGAUACCGCUUGCUCUGCUCGCGACCCGCUCCAGCAUUCUCCCCUUUCCUCCCUCACUGCAAUCCAUCUGCAUUCGCAUUCAACAUCUAUAA